AUGCUGCGGGCACCGGGAGGGACCGAGGUGCAGAGCGAGAUCGAGCGCAUCUUCGAGCUGGCCAAGUCCCUGCAGCUGGUGGUGCUGGACGCCGACACCAUCAACCACCCGGCCCAGCUGGCCAAGACCUCGCUGGCGCCCAUCAUCGUCUACGUCAAGGUGUCCUCGCCCAGGGUCCUGCAGCGGCUCAUCAAGUCCCGUGGCAAGUCCCAGGUGAAGCACCUCAACGUGCAGAUGAUGGCGGCCGACAAGCUGGUGCAGUGUCCCCCGGAGCUCUUCGACGUGAUCCUGGAUGAGAACCAGCUGGAGGAUGCCUGCGAGCACCUGGCCGAGUACCUGGAGGUGUACUGGCGCGCCACGCACCACCCGCCGCACGCCCCCCAUGCCGUGCCCUCGCCCACCGGCCUCCCGGGCCUGCAGAGCCAGCAGCUGCUGGGGGAGCGGGGGGAGCACUCACCGCUGGAGCACGACAGCCUGAUGCCGUCGGACGAGGCGGGGGAGACCUCGCCCCAGCCCUGGGGGGCCGCGUCCCAGCGCAGCUCCCGGCACCUGGAGGAGGAGGAGUACGUGGACCCC